AUGGGUAAAUCCUCGAAAGACAAGCGAGAUGCUUACUACCGCCUCGCCAAGGAACAAAAUUGGCGCGCCCGCUCCGCCUUUAAGCUUAUCCAGAUCGACGAGCGAUUCGACCUAUUCGAGCACGAGAACCCGGACAAUGUCACAAGAGUCGUGGACCUGUGCGCUGCACCCGGAAGUUGGAGUCAAGUCCUCAGCCGGGUGUUGAUUAAGGGCGAGAGCUUCGGGCGGAGAGCAUGGCUCGAGAAAAAGAGCAAAGAACAAGAAGGCUUGGAAAAGAUGCAGACAGCCAAUGACGAUAAAAUGGACUGCGAUGAGCCUACAUCAAGUGCUGAAUUGAAACCCCGGAAGAACGUCAAAAUUGUCUCGAUCGAUCUGCAACCUAUGGCUCCCCUCGAAGGCAUCACAACCCUCAAAGCCGACAUCACACACCCUUCUACGAUCCCUCUCCUCCUGCGCGCUCUAGACCCCGAAGCAUACGAGCAACCCGCUGUUCCCUCCGAUUCUCCUUCUCCUGCCCCAGAGGCUAUCCGGGAGCCUCACCCUGUUGACUUGGUAAUCUCCGACGGUGCCCCGGAUGUGACAGGCCUCCACGACCUAGACAUCUACAUUCAAUCACAACUUCUGUACGCCGCGCUCAACUUGGCAAUGGGUGUAUUGCGCCCGGGUGGCAAGUUUGUCGCUAAGAUUUUCCGCGGUCGCGACGUGGAUCUCCUAUAUGCUCAGCUGCGCACUGUCUUCGAGCGCGUCAGCGUCGCAAAGCCACGAAGCAGUCGCGCCAGUAGUCUGGAGGCAUUCAUUGUCUGCGAGGGCUUCAUCCCACCCGUCAGUGACAGUGGGGUCGUUGGCAUGGCCGCUUUGAAAAACCCGCUCUUUGGCGGUGCCGCGGCCCCAGUGCCAGUGUCAGAAGAUGGCAAUGUUGGUGUUGAGGUUCGUGAGGAAAUUGAUCAGACUUCGGAAGUUCGCACCACCACGACCAUUUCAACGGAGAAAACCACGCCCAAUCAUUCCACUGAAGUUCGUCAUCUCCAGACGACGACUUCAACCCAAGACCAGCCGCAAAAAUUGACUAACAAAUUCGCUGUUGAGAACCGAUGGAUUCCGUCGUUCAUUGCCUGUGGUGAUCUUUCGGCUUGGGACUCUGAUGCCACGUACACUCUGCCCCCUGACUACGUCAAUCUGGAUCCCAUCCAACCACCCACUGCGCCGCCAUAUCGGCAAGCAUUGGAGCUGAGGAAGCUGAAGGGUGGCGCAUACGGAAAGACCAAGUUUGGCCCUCGGCCGUGA